UCAGAAGACCUUAGAGAGACCUGGCAACCUGUGGCUCCCCUCCUCUCCGUGUGUACCUGCGCCCCACCGCCACAGGGGGGCGCUCUCCUCCUCUCCCCUUGCCAAGCAGGCCGGCCAUUGUGGGCCGGGCUUUGAGGUUCCACAGCAGCCAAGGAAGGAAGGAGUGUCCCUGCCUCCUGGGUUGAGGAUCGGUUGUUGCUCGGCCAAGCCAGCAGACGCGGAGCUGAGAAGUUGUUUCUCUUCCCCCCACCUCACCCUACUCUGCCCCCCCCCCCGGGAGUUGGCUUUGCAGGAAGUGCAGCGAUGCAAGAGGUCUCCUAGCCAACCUCACCAUGUUCACCAAAAGGAAGAAGCGCAUCGAGAUCUCGGCCCCCUCCAACUUCGAGCACCGGGUCCACACGGGCUACGACCAGCAGGAGCAGAAGUUCACGGGGCUGCCCAGGCAAUGGCAGGGCAUCAUCGAGGAGUCGGCCAAGCGGCCAAAGCCACUGGUGGACCCCGUGUACAUCACGGCCGUCCAGCCCGGCUCUCAGAAGACCAUCGUGCGCGGAAACAAAGCUGCCAAGGACGGUUCCCUGGCCUGGCUGCUAGAUGAGUUUGAGAACAUGUCGGUGUCGCGCUCCAACUCGCUGCGCAGGGACAGCCCUCCUUUCCCGGCCCGGCACGACCAGUUUUACCAGGAGAACGGCCUGGGAGAGGCGCUGGGCAGGCCCCGCCACCACCAGCCCACCCACCACCACCACCACCCUCCCCACACGGAGGAGGACGGCGGGGGCGGCAGGAGCAGAGACCCCAAGGAGCGGAACCGCCACAGGCCCAAGAACGAUGUGGAACAGGGCUGGGACGACAGAACUGCCGCACCACACUCCCGUGGACAUGAGCCUCACCACAAGCCGCCCCAGCAGUCUGGCCACCCCCGGCCCCCUGAGCACCCGAAGCCCUUGCCGGAACACGGAGUACACCGGGCCCCGGAGCGGGAGAGGAAGAGGGAGCCCCCCGCCGAGCGUGUGGUCAAGAGGGAGCGGAUGGAGGGGCCUGACAAGAGACCCAAGUCCACCUACACUGGCCAGCCCAGCCCACAGUCCCCCCGGGAAAAGCGGCCCCUCUCUGGGCCCAAUAUCCGGACCCCGAACAUCCCCGUCUCGGAGGGGGUGAUGAAGACCGCGCAGCAGACGGGACGGCCUUUUAACACCUACCCACGGGCAGACACCGAUCUUGUCCGGGGCACUCAGGCGGAGCAUCGGCCCGGGAAAGGCCCGGAGGCAGCCUCCAACGGUCCCACCAGUGGGAACAGCGGCCCUUCCAGGGUCCCCCCUUCGGGCCCAGCCAGGCCCAGAAACCUGGAGCCCUCGACUCCGGGACUCUCCCAACACGCUUCGGACCCCCACCUGCCUUCUCCGCAACCCCCUCCCCAGCGGCCUCUGGCCCCCACUGCCCCGGCCCCUCAGCAGCCCUGCUCCCCCCAGCGGGAGCCCCAGCGGGUCUCCCACGAACAGUUCCGGGCUGCCUUGCAGAUGGUGGUGGACCCCGGAGACCCCCGGAGCUACCUGGACAACUUCAUCAAGAUCGGGGAGGGCUCCACGGGCAUCGUCUGCAUCGCCACCGUCAAGAGCUCCGGGAAGCUGGUGGCCGUCAAGAAGAUGGACCUGCGCAAGCAGCAGAGACGGGAGCUGCUCUUCAACGAGGUGGUGAUCAUGAGGGACUACCAGCACGAGAACGUGGUGGAGAUGUACAACAGCUACCUGGUGGGCGAUGAGCUCUGGGUGGUGAUGGAGUUCCUGGAGGGGGGUGCUUUGACCGACAUCGUCACCCACACCAGGAUGAACGAAGAGCAGAUUGCCGCCGUCUGCCUCUCUGUGCUGAAGGCUCUCUCCGUGCUCCACGCUCAGGGCGUCAUCCACCGGGACAUCAAGAGCGACUCCAUCCUGCUCACCCAUGACGGGCGGGUCAAACUCUCCGACUUCGGAUUCUGUGCGCAAGUCAACAAGGAGGUGCCCAGGCGCAAGUCGCUGGUGGGGACCCCGUACUGGAUGGCCCCGGAGCUCAUCUCUCGUUUGCCCUACGGGCCAGAGGUGGACAUCUGGUCGCUGGGCGUGAUGGUGAUCGAGAUGGUGGACGGGGAGCCUCCCUAUUUCAAUGAGCCCCCCCUGAAGGCCAUGAAGAUGAUCCGAGACAACCUGCCCCCCAAGCUGAAGAACCUGCACAAGGUCUCGCCUUCCUUGAAGGGCUUCCUGGACCGCUUGCUGGUCAGAGACCCGGCCCAAAGAGCCACGGCCAACGAGCUCCUGAAGCACCCCUUCGUGGGCAAGGCCGGCGCCCCCUCCUGCAUCGUGCCCCUCAUGCGCCAGAACCGGAUGAGGUGAACCAGCCGGAAGCCUUCGUGGAGAGAAAGCCCGGUGGGGAAGGACCCAUCAUCUCCAGCCAGUCCCACCAAGCAGUGGGGACCUGCACGCGAGGAGGGGCCUUUGGGACCCCCUCCAAGCCCUGCUCCUGAGGGGGAGUCCCCCAGUGGGCGUGGGCAGGAGGCGUUCAGCCAGCAGUCGGGACCCUUCCUCAAGGACUCCUCUGGGCCCCAGAACAGACGCUUGGACCCACCUCUAGCAGGGCUGCUCUGCAGCAGCACCACAUUUACUACUGAAUUGAGGAGGGGCUUUGGGGGUGGGCUGGGGGUGAAGAAAGGCGGCAACGUUUCUCUUGUCGGUCUCCUAAAUCCUGGCGGGGGGAGGGCAGGCAGCGGCUCUUGGGCAGUGCAGGGAGGUCUCCUUCCCUCUCAGGGGGAGGCCCAGAGAAAGUGGGGCCUGGCCAAAGGCACCCAGGGGUGGGAGAGGGGAGAGGAAAGCUGCCCCCCCUGCAGAAGCCCCCCUCCCCUCCUUCAGAGAGGGGGGAGAGCAGAGCCACCCGGCAGCCCCUGUGGGGUCACCAGAGCAGGGAGCCCCCUUGUGCCCGGAUGCUCUUCCUCGCCGUGAAGGAAGGCGAUGCAGUAUUUUAGGGGGUCCCAAACCUCGGGUAGGGAGAGGGGGCUCCAGAGGACCUGAGGGUUGGGGGCUGCUCCUCGUGGCAGGCUGGGGUCCAGAGGGGGCCGUGCUUCAGAGCCAGCCUCGCCACGGGCACCGAGAAGCUGAGAGUGGCAGCACUCCUGGCACCGCAGAGGGGGCGUCUCUCGGGCUCAGGUGGGAGGCAUUGCAACCCGGACCUGAAGGGCUGAGCUGUGGGCUUCCUGCCACCUGUUCUGCCCUGUGGGCGGAGGGGGGAUGGGGGGGGCUCUUGGCACGCUUGGCUUCCCUUGCCCACUGGGAGAGGAGGAGGAGGCUCUGUGCAGAAACAGGCCCUGCUGACCAAUAAGGGCGGGUGGGGGUGGCUGUCCCUUCAUCCCAGAGCUGAGCAGGUGGGGAGGGCUGUGGCAAAAUGCAACCCCCCCCCCCCAAGCAGCUGCCCUUGGCAGCCUGGCAAGGAGGCCUGGCUGCAGGGAAGGCCAAAGUGCCCACUCUGGGCCUGGCUGAGGGGAGGAAGGCCCAGAAGGUGGGAGGGGGGCUCUUAGGGGUCUGAGGUCUUCCUUGCUGGAAGGCGGGGGGGGGGGAGGCUGUUUCGAGGGGGGGGAGGGGUGCCGUUGCCCCUCCCACCACCGCUCUUCCUUGCAUGCUUCUCUGCAUGCAGACAAUGCUGGGGAGGGGGUUUGCUUCUCCUUCUCCGUAGCUGCUUGGGGGGUUUCCUGCCUGCCUGGACCUAGAGUCCCCUGGGUGCCCCUCCUGCACCCCCUUUGGGGUGGGUGUCCCCAAAGGUCCUCCCUCCCUCCACUCAGGUGCCCAGCCUUUCCCCUGCUGCCCUUCAGAACCCCCCCCCAGCCCCCUCUCUCUUCCCAUCUUUUUACAAAGUGGGUUCGGCUCACUGCAUCCCCCCCCCCCCCCCGAGAGAUUGCCAGUUGCGUCUGGUGUGUGUCUGUGUGUGCCCCACUUCUCUAGCCAGGGCAUCUCUGGAGCCGGCUGGCGUGGUUAAAAAGGCUCCUCUGGGCCCAGCCAGCCCCUCCCUGCCUGCCUCCUGCCUCACCUGCUUCCUCUCUGGCCCCCAUCUGGCUUUUCUGGCAGGGGGGCUCCAGUCAGCCCCCCAGGGAGUUGAAGGGAGUUAAAUGGGUCUUUGGUGCUAGCAUUCCUGACUUAAGGACAGUCCAGCUGCAUUAUCUGGGAUUCCCCCUCCAUCUCCAGAGGGGGGGGGGUCAGCCUGAGCCAGCCUCCCCACACCUGUCCCAGUAUUCUGGCCCUGCCGGGGGUCUGCAGGGGGCUCAGCUGCCCCCUUUCACGCCAACAGCUCCCUUUCCUCCGCUUGGGAGGUCCGGUUGCUGCCUUUUCUUCAGGAACCCUUUUUUAAUCUACUUUCCCGUUGAAGACCCCCAAGGAUGCCUCAGUUUCCCUGCAGGGAGAAAGACUGAAGAUCCCAGUGGAAGCGGCCAAUCGAGGGAGGGAGGGAGGGGGGAUUUCUGGGGUGACCCCCCCCCUGCUCCCCCCCCCCCGCUUCCAUCCCCCUCCUUGCCACAACACUACGUUUUCCCUUCCUUUUCUGAAAUAAAGGACUGGAAUUUUAAAGCGGAGGCUGGGAGGGGGGGCUCCGGAGGCCCCCUCCCCACCCUCCCCGUCUCCUGGUUGCUUGAAGAAUUUUAUAACUGGAGACCUGGAGCAGAAACGUUUUCCCCUCUCUACAAGGAUAACUACUGAAUUCAUUUUGUGGGGUUUUGUUACUUUUUUUAAAAAGAAAUUAUUUAUAUUUGGUUUUAUUUCCUUUUUUUUCCUCCCCCUUUUGGUAACUCAACGGUAUUUGUGUUGACAUGAUUUUUUUUAAAAUUGCUUUGGGGGGGAAAACCUGCUGUGUUUCCAUUCUAGUAAGUUUAGCCGUGAAUGGUUCUUGUAUAAAAAGUCUGGAUUUUGUGUCAAA